AUGGUACAUUUCUUAUACACAGGUGGCUACGAGACGGUCAACUCGCCUCUUAACGAGGGCACAUCCGAUAUCUCCAGAGAAUACAAGAAGAGCGUUCUCAUCUACCACGCCUCAAAGACGUACGGCCUUCUUGAACUUGAGAACCUUGCCAAACAAAAAAUGAAGCAAUUAGAUGAGGAAGUUCCUAUUCUUGAAGUGCUGCAGAUAACGAGGGACAUUUUUCCAAGUCUUCCCGCUGGUGAAGCAUGGCUUCCGAGUUACAUUGAGGAGAAGUUGCAACGACUACUAGCGCCUGAAGAUCUAGCGCUUGGUCUGCGCGAAUUUUAUAAUAUUCUCGUUCGAGACCACCAGUUUGAUAUCGUCGUGAUGAAAAUGAUCUUCGAGAUACUCUCAAAUCGUUUACUUUCCAUGCAAGACCAGCACGGGAAAAGCCUAAAUGGAACUGCUUCAGUUUAUUCUCUUUCUGAAGAACCUGAGCCUGUUCCCCAAGCGCCUUCUCCCGAACCUGGGCUUGCCCCCGAGGAACCUGCGCUUGCCUCUGAGGAACCUGAGUUUGCCUCUGAAGAACCUGAGUUUGCCCCUCAGGAACCUGCGCUUGCCUCUGAGGAACCUGAGUUUGCCUCUGAAGAACCUGAGUUUGCCCCUCAGGAACCUGCGCUUGCCUCUGAGGAACCUGAGUUUGCCUCUGAAGAACCUGAGUUUGCCCCUCAGGAACCUGCGCUUGCCUCUGAGGAACCUGAGUUUGCCUCUGAAGAACCUGAGUUUGCCCCUCAGGAACCUGCGCUUGCCUCUGAGGAACCUGAGUUUGCCUCUGAAGAACCUGAGUUUGCCCCUCAGGAACCUGCGCUUGCCUCUGAGGAACCUGAGUUUGCCUCUGAAGAACCUGAGUUUGCCCCUCAGGAACCUGCGCUUGCCUCUGAGGAACCUGAGUUUGCCUCUGAAGAACCUGAGUUUGCCCCUCAGGAACCUGCGCUUGCCUCUGAGGAACCUGCGUUUGCCUCUGAAGAACCUGCGCUUGCCUCUGAGGAACCUGCGCUUGUUCUUGAAGAAUCUGAGCCCGUUCCCACAGAGCCCCCUGCUGAAGAAGAAUUCGAGCAGUGGACCAUUCCCCAAGUGUCUCCUAAUACCGAUGGCUGGCCUGCUGCUUCUUUAUCUCCUAGCGAUACUCCCAAUCACGAAAUACUACCCAAGGCUCUUGAUCAAGCACAAGCCCAAGGUCAUAUAGCGAGAAUUUCAUGCGCAGACUUAGUGCUGUACCAGAAUUGGGAAAGUCUGUCCUCGAAACAUAAAAAGAAAAGAGCUGUCGAGCUUGCGUCAAGGGGUCUUCCCAUUCCAAGUGAAGGUGGUUUUAUUUCUAUAGUUGCUAUUUGA